AUGGGCCGAGCCCCUCCAGGCGGAGAGGCCAGGCCCGCUCUGGGGAGGGGCGUCGGAGGCGCCACGCUCCGGAUCCAGCCGCUGUCGCCCAUCCUGGGCCCCUCCCGUGACAGCAGUCUUGAGGCUGAGCUGUCCCUGCUCUGGGGCACACCUCAGCUGACGGCGGCAGGGGACUCCUCCGCUGCUGGGGGGAGGUUCGGCAGGGCCUGGGAUGAGACAGUGUUCACCGUGGGACCCCACAACUUUUCCUGGACGCCCUUCCCACCGGCCCCGAGCGGAGGCGGGGGCCCGGGCCGUUCCUACAAGCUGCUCCUUAGGACCAGGGGGCGCCCGGGGGCCCCCGCCCGGUCCCCGCAGCGAUGCCCGGAGCCCGAGCCCCUGGGGACCCCGUGCGCCAGGGAGCAGCUGCAGGAGGCGGCGCCGACCCUGCGGAGCUGCCCCAUGUGCCAGGCCGACUUCGCCCCUGGGCUGGCCCAGCUGGACAUCGACGGCCACCUCGCUCAGUGCCUGGCUGAGAGCACGGAGGACACGGUGUGGUGAACCGACGGCCACGUGGGUCCCGCCGGCGCAGAGGCCGUGGCUCCACCUGCCGGAACCGUGUCCUCUGCAGUGAAAGCUGCAUAUUAAAAAACAUGUCCGUGUGGACCACUCGCGUUGUAGGUCCGUUCAUAUGGAGGCUGAAACAUGGGAUCCUUUUUCUUUCUCGGUGAAGUGGGGCGCUUUCCUGCCGGCAGAAGUGGGCGGAGCCCCUCGGCAGCCAGGUGGUGAGCGGAGACUCUGGAGCAAACGGCGUGUCUGUCCCAAGUCGGCCUCGGCCACGGCCACGGCCAGGUGGACAGGAGGGGGUAGUGCCUUCUCCCGCCUCCGCAGACCCCACUCGCACCGUGAUUCCUUGGGUGAACUCGUUCCUUACACAGCGCGGACCCCUGCGGGGCACCCGGGAUGCUCCGUGGCAGCCCCGUGUUGUUCGGGCAUCCAGGACAAGUGGAAAAUGGGGCACAAGACUGUAGGUAGUUUUCCUUCCAGCGCUGGCGGCCCGCCGGCUCUGGGGGAGCUGGGCCCUGGUGACACCCUCAUCCCCACCACAGCCACGUGGCCAGAGCCCGGCAGCAGGGAGUGGGUCACACAGCUGUGGAAAGACCGUGAGGGACCAAGUGACCAACGCCACUCUGAAAAAGACUACUUGCUGCAGGGACCCUGGGGAAGGCACGGUCGUCGGUGGGGGAGGGGCACAAAUCAGGGCGCACGGGGGACAGUGUGUGAGGUGAAGGGUAGACACCUGUCCUCAAACGGUCUAUGCAAACGCACGUGCUGCACGGCGCCGAGAUGGGACACGGCACCCUGGAGACAGGCCACGUCCCUGCAGCCUCCUCGAGGGGGAGGGGAGGGCGCGGGGGUCUCUGAGGCUGCCCCGCCGUUUUCGUGUGAACCUGAAACUGCUCUAAAUAAAGCCUUUUCUUUUAUUUUUUAAA